UGGUACUGCGUGGAAAAUAAUGUCACGUACAGACAGUACCUGGCGAUUUCCACAGUUCACUGGAAACCAGUUAAUGGCUUCGAGUGUGUCGAGACGAUAGAAGAAAUUAAAAAAAUACGAGUUUCAAUCAUUGUUGGUAAAUGUUUCUGCAUUUCCCAGGAAAGAAAAGUCCUGCAGUCCACAAAAAAAGUAUAAAAUGGCUCACGCGGUUGCACACCAAGGCAUGUCUGGUUCCCAUGGCAACAGAAGAUCCAAGCAAUACCAUAACCGGAAUUUCGAGGCCCUUCUGGGUGUCGACAAUUCAAGGCGGUCUGGUUCCCGCCCUCCAGUACUCCGCAGCCAGCGCUCCGGCCUCCCCAUGGGGGCCACUAUGGGUGUCUUUUCGACGUCAUCCUCCACAUACAGCGGCCAGUCUCGGCAAGCGUCGGUUACCUGCACGAAGCUGCUGUGCUUACGCGUGGUGUCCGUCUUGGCCGCGGUCGCCGGGACUAUUAUGAUCUUCUUCGGCCUCUUCCUCAACACUGGCACGCCGGUCCUGGGGCUGUGUAUUCCCGGGGGAUUACUGAUCAUCGCUGUGCUGCUCCUAUGGUGCGUUGUGUACGUGUGGUACGGCAAAUACUGCUCCAAGUACAGUGAUAGCGCGACACUAGGUGGACCCCCUACCGAGGGUGCCACCCAGCGGCAUUCUAGGGGUGCAACACAGGACACCACUGUGAAUUUACCACUGUCCCCUGUCAUGGCCUCGUACGGCCCAGAUACGAGACUCGACCAUCAACAUCCAUCUACUCCACCACCUUGCUACUUCCCAGUGGACCGAAGUCCUUCUUUCCCUACGAAGGGGCAGGACAUGGAACAACCGCCUUCCACGCCUCCACCGCCGUACAACGAGGUUACUUAAAGGCGAGAAGGAUUGUGAUUUAAUUGGAUUGGUCUGACUCCGAGCAGAAAUCUACCGAGACGCAGCGAUUGGUUGUGGAACUGUGGAUUGUUGCGUUGAUCUCUGUCAAAGAGGGCGCACAACUGCAGUUGCAGAUCCUGAGAGUUGAAGAGGUAGAAAGCAGACGAGCGCCUGUUCCGGUUCGAUAUCGACGGACAGCCGUUUCUUUUUAAGGGACUACCUUCUAGUUUACUUGUCAAUUUACCUCAAUUUGUAAAUGAGCCCUUUCCAUUAUUUGCAGAGUCUUCCCCUGAAAAGCUCAUAAUUCAUCUGCACUUUGAACUGAUAUGGGCGCUGUACAUAUUUUAGCAAUAAUUAUGCGCAUGCCGUUUGAUCUGUACCUGAGCGCAUUUGGUAUAAUUCUUUCAAUGCAUCGUUGGAAUUUAAUUAAAGUCAUAUUCAGACGGCGGCAACCUAAGCUACUUGUUUUUCAGCUCGUGUAACUUAAGAAUUGAUGAAGUUUUUCGCUCUUCAGUAUGGAAUUCUGCAGCCGGCAUUGAGUUGUUCCCGCUGGAAAACACCCAAUAUUAAAGUACCUGCAUGGACGACUCCUUAUAACUAGAGGCGUCAGGCACAAAGGCGAAACUAACAUUGCCAUCUAACGUUGCUUAGAUCCUGUCCUUAAAUGUUAAUUAUUUGUAUCGUAAUGCAUUGCUCUCAAAUGCACAAACACAGUUAUUAACUAAAUAGAAUCAUAGUAUUGUGUUUUCAAGAGCUGAAUCGGUUGAAAAGUUGUGCCAAUAAGCAAUGCGUUGCUUAUCACUAUACUCACUCUGAUAUGCCAUAAUAGCAAAGGCGUUUCGCGCAACUGAAUAUAGUGAAUGUAGUUCUCAGAGAUGGGCUGGCAGAUAUACGUGUACCGGGUAUAUCAUUAAAAUCGAUCGAUAGCAGUUUUCAUGUAAUUUCCUUGUAGCUUUCCUUGUGGUGUUCGGUUGUCGCAAAACGUGCUCUUGCAGUAAAAUACGUCAAGGUAAUUCUGAUUUGUCUAUGGUCAUCAAGUGACCCGAAUUUCUUGAUAUAAAUGUAAAAAACACCGAUUCUUAGGAAAGAAAAGGUAGAAAAGAAACAUGAUGACGUAAAAGAUAGGUGUGCGAGCCCCCCCCCCACUAAUUGGGCAUGUCUGAUUUAACACUAUAGACCUAUUGUGUAUUUAUAAUAGUUUGUAGGUAUAUCCAAAAACUGCAGAGCAGAUGCAGUUAGGAUUACGUGUACCAAAUGUAAAUUUCGUAAACGGCUACGUUUGUUACAGCGCAUUAAAUUUACCCUAUCAUGCACGACAGAAACACCUACGAUAUGAAAUUUGUCGACCUACUGGAAGUUAAAAUGAUGUAUGACACCGACUUAAAUAAUUAGGCCCCUACAUUUUAAGGCGUUUCGGCACUUUUGUGGGCGGUCUUAAUUAUAUCUAUGAGUGGCAACCGCCACUGUUAAGGCUUGGACUCUGUUAAUAGUGAUGCAAGAUUUCUUGACAAUUUGGAUAGCCAGAUUCUGAAUCGAGAAUGAAAAUAUUAAGUUUGGAUUUGUCAAGUCUUUAAAAGAAUCCAAAAUUCUGACCAAGGGUCGACCAUCUGCUGUGUGUAAAGGUACAAAAGGCAACAAGCAUGCUGUAACAAUGUAUAGGACGUAGGAAUCGUAAUAACUCCAGAGCUGGGAAUAAAUUACCAUGUGAUAAAUUGCAAUAUUAAUGGAUUUGUUUGUCGAGAUGUUUCUGUGCUGCUCCAGUUGCUAUGCAGGCAAAUGAUAGUUAAUCUUGCAGGAUGAAACCCGACACCCGCGGAAUUAGGCUGGAUAGAAGGAAAUGGAACGCACACAUCGUGAAGAAAGAUCCGCUUGGACGCGGUUGCUCCAAAAUUGAACAAAGUGAAAUUAGUAGUGCUUACAAUCUUUGUUCACACUCACAGUGGUUUACAGGUUUGUGGUAACACAGUUUUAGAAAACGACCGUUGAUUGCAAAUGCAUCAUUUGGAAGUUGGUGAUCACAGAACAGCGGCACUAAUAAAUGCUCAGUUUUGCAA